AUGGUCAACCCCACCAUGUUCUUCAACAUUGCCAUGAAUGGCAAGCCCUUGGGCCACACCUCCUUUGAGCUGUUUGCAGACAAAGUUCCAAAAACAGCAAAGAACCUUCCUGCUCUGAUCACUGGGGAGAAAGGAUUUGAUAAUAAGGUUUCCAGUUUUCACAGGAUUAUUCUGGGAUAUAUGUGCCAGGGUGGUGACUUCACAGGCCAUAAUGGCACUGGUGGCGAGUCCAUCUAUGGGGAGAAAUUUGAUGAUGAGAAUUUCAUCCUGAAGCACACAGGUCCUGGCAUCUUGUCCAUGGCAAAUGCUGGGCCCAAUACAAAUGGUGUCCAGUUUUUCAUCUGCACAGCUAAGAUUGAGAGAUUGGAUGGCAAGCAUGUGGUCUUUGGCAAGGUGAAAGAGGGCAUGAAUAUCAUGGAAGCAAUGGAGCACUUUGGGUCCAGGAAUGGCAAGACCAGCAAGAAGAUCACCAUUGCUGACUGUGGACAAAUCUAA